AUGGAUGAAAGCGACGGCUAUGAGCGCGACGAACUAGACGACAUCAUCGACUCGAGCGGUACGGACACAACGCUAUCGACAACCGCCUCUAGCAUCGCUUCUAGCAUGUUCGACAGGAACCACUUCGUUCUCGAACUCCACGAAUUGCACAACGACGCGCCUGGACUGGACCGGCACACGGAUACGAAGGUUAGGAAGCAAAAGAAAAAGCUGAAGGGGCCACCCAUCAUCAAGAGGACCGAGAGCAGCGAUUCCAGUGACAUCGAAGACGCGUCACUUUCACAAUCUUUCAAUGACGACUCGACAAAGGAUCAGUACUUUGACGCGCACGAGAGCUACUACGGUCUAACCGAAAGCGAGGUAACUGGUAUGGAUGACAAUGACCUUGAAUCCCGAGAGGAUCUUGAGCUACCUCAGGAACAGAAGACAGUUGUGGAGCAUUCGGUAGAACAAAUUAGCAACCCACCGCCGUCAAAUGAAAUCAGGAAAUUGGUGAAGCGUCCUGAUCUUGUUAUGGAUAAAGCAUCGAAAUAUAAAUCCAAAAACAAAAAAUCUACGGUCAAACCAAAGACUGCUAAGAAACGAAAAAACGAAGGACCAACGUGUUCUAUGUUUCUGGCAGAAAUCUCUAAAAGACUAGCCUCGAAGAAGAAACGUCAGGAGGAAUCCUCUACGAACAUAGUACAGACCAUAAUAGAAAGUAUUACGAAUUCGCUUCCAAUAAAAUUUUUAAAAAAACGUUUUGAAGUCGUGGAGCAGCCAGUAACAUUAGAAAACCUGAAAAAAUAUGCACCGGAGCUUACGCCUAACGAUAAAAUUGAUAUACCAUACGUGGAAAUCAAAACCCCUGGUGAUAACGUGGCCGAUGUUAAACGGCUAACGGAUUUGGAGGAAACCACACGUAAACCGUUCUAUAAAGUGCCUAAAAUGCCAGUUGUUAAUAGUGAAGUGCUGAAAGUCGCCGCUGAUAGAAGCAAAAGAAUAGUUAAGGAAGAUGCUGGUGUUAAUACAGGACAAAGCAAUGAUCUUGCAGUGGAGUUGGCUAAGCAUGUUAACACUUUAAAGAAAAUAUCUCUCAUUGCGGAGGAAUUUAAUAAGAAAACUGCCAAAAACUUAAAGGAAAUAGUUGAUAGUGUUCAAGAAGAAUUGCUUAAGAAACUAGAAGCAAUACAAGCAGAAGAAGCUUUAAACGAUAACAAAAAUAUAGAAUCAUCCCAGAAGCCA